AUGGAACCAACUGUGAAAGUAGUCUCCCAGGGUCCAUCAGGGUUGUUGCAGAGUGAUGAACUAUACAAUUAUGUACUGACGACUAGUGUCUACCCCAGAGAAGCAGAGAUUCUGAAGGAGCUCAGAGAUGCCAUUGCAAACCAUCCACAGUCCUACUCUGCGACUGCGCCAGACGGGGGUCAGUUCAUUGCGCUGCCCCUGAAGCUAUUGAACGCAAAGAAGACUAUAGAGGUUGGCGUCUUCACUGGAUACUCUCCUCUCCUCACGGCUCCGAUCCCGCAAGAUGGCCAGAUCAUAGCGAUCGAUGUAGACUAAGAAGCAUACAAGAUCGGAUUGCCGUUUAUCAAGAAGGCCAACAUUGAACACAAGAUCAACUUCGUCAAAUCACAAGCUUUGCCCGUCCUGGAUAAAUUACUGGAAAACCAAGAAAAUGAAAGCAGCUUCGACUUUGCAUUCGUCAAUGCCUACGGGGCUAACCUGAAGAACUAUCAUGAGAGGCUGCUGAGGCUGGUGAGGGCCGGGGGCGUGAUCAUGUAUGACAACACUCUCUGGGCCAGCACUGUCACCUUGUCCGGCCUGUCCUCUGUCGACCUGACGAGGGAGUUUGCGUGGAAGGACACGAUCAAGUGCAAUAAGAUGAUGGUGGGCAAUCCUCGGGUCAAUAUACCUCAAGUUGCACUGGGCGAUGGAGGGUGA